AGCGGGCGUUCGGAGCUGCGGAGCGAGGCUCUCAGCGGCGCGCGGAAAGUCUCUGCACGGCUUUUUUUGGUGAUUUUGGGUUUUUUAUUGCAUUUUUUUUUCCUCUCGCGCUGCGCUGUUUGGGGAGCGCGCGGAUGGAGAAUGGAUGCGUUUGAGCAGCCGUGAAGACCACAGUCCUCGCGCUUUGCGGCUCUCUCGCCUCUCGCGCGCGCUCUUUUCGUCCUGUUGUGCUCGGAGUUGAUGCGCUGAGGACUCCGCGCGCUGUGGGUUAAUACUCGGGGACCCGCUGCUGCCGCUGUCCGGUCCCGCUAUGGCGCGCGCCGGUGCUGUGCGGAGUGUCGCGCGCAUCGCCGUGUGGCUUUGCCUCGUGCUCGGAUGCUCGGGAGCGCAGGGUUCUGAGUCCCCGCGGGGCUUCGUGGAGCUGCGUUUUGUGCUUGAGCCCCAGGACGUGGUGACAGUUCGAGGGGGCGUAUUGCAGCUGGACUGCCAGGCGCGGUCAGACCAGGGCCUCCCCAUCAUCUCCUGGAAAAAGGAUGGCGUCCUGCUGAGCUCAGUGGUGGAUGAGCGCAGGCAGCAGCUGGCCAACGGCUCGCUUCUGGUGCAAAAUGUUGUGCACUCGCGGCACCACCGGCCUGACGAGGGGUCCUACCAGUGCCUGGCCACCCUGGAGGGCGUCGGAGCGAUCGUCAGCCGGACAGCUAAGGUUACGGUCUCUGGUCCUCUCCGGGUGGUGGUCCCCACUGAGUCCGUCUCGUCGUUCAUGGGCGAUACGGCACUGCUACGCUGUGAGGUAACAGGAGAGCCGAUGCCGGUGGUCCGCUGGCAGAAGAACCGUGUAGACCUCCCCAACGCUUUUGACCUGGACAGCCGGGUGGUGGUGCUGCCGUCUGGCUCACUGCAAGUCAGCAGGGUCCAGCCGCCGGACUCCGCCACAUAUCGCUGCCUGGCAGAAAAUCCAGGGAGUGCCCGCACAGGCACCGAUGCUGACCUGAGGGUUUUGCCUGAGCCUGGAGUGGUGAGGAACCUAGUGUUCCUCCAAAGGCCGAUGAAGAUCACAGCUCUACAGGGCAAAGACGCUGUUCUGGAAUGUUCCGGCUCCGGGUACCCCACCCCCUCCUUCUACUGGAUGAGGGGCAACGAGAUGAUCCAGAGCAGAUCGAGAAAGUACUCGCUGCUGGGUGGCAGCAACCUCCUGAUCAGCAGCGUGACGGACGACGACUCCGGCACCUACAGCUGCGUGGCCUACAACAAAAAUGAAAACAUCACCUCGUCCUGUGAGCUCUCCGUACUGGUUCCUCCCCAGUUCCUGAACUAUCCCUCCAACACGUACGCGUACGAAAGCACGGACAUAGAGAUGGAGUGUGCGGUGACCGGAAACCCCCAGCCCAGCGUCCACUGGGUGAAGAACGGAGAGGUGGUCAUCCCCAGCGACUACUUUCAGAUCGUGGAGGGUGGCAACCUGCAGAUUCUGGGGCUAGUGCGCUCCGACGAGGGAUUCUACCAGUGCGUGGCGGAGAACGAAGCGGGAAAUGCCCUGGCGAUGGCGCAGCUCAUCCUGCUAGAGCCAGUUGUCCCGAGCUCAGGCGCCCUCCCCUCCGCCCCCCGUGACGUGGCCCCUGUCCUAGUGUCCAGUCGCUUCACGCGCCUUGGCUGGCGCCCUCCGCUGGAGACGCACGGAACCAUCCUCACCUACGGGGUCUUCUACUCCCAGGAGGGAAUUAACAGAGAGCGUUCAGUAAACGUGUCGGAGCCAGACAGUCUCCAGCUGACCGUGAGCAAUCUGAAGCCCGAGGCAGUGUACACUAUCAGGGUAGUAGCCUACAACGAGCUCGGCCCAGGAGAAAGCUCUGAGCCAAUCCGGCUGACCACACAACCUGAGCUUCAGGUUCCUGGUCCUGUUGAGAACCUCCAGGCGGAGGCGACAUCCCCCACCUCUAUUCAGGCGUCCUGGGACCCUCCAGCUUACGGUAACGGCCCCAUCCAAGGCUACCGGCUCCUGUGGACUGAGAUGUCCAGCGGCAAAGAACAGAGUGUGGAGGUUCUUGGCCAGAGCUACAGGAUGGAGGGUCUGAAGAAGUUUGCGGAGUAUUCUUUACGCGUGCUGGCGCUGAACCGCCACGGACCAGGCAUCAGCACUGACGAAAUGGUCAUCACCACCCUGUCUGACCUUCCAGGUGCUGCUCCCCAGAACAUUUCUUUGGAGGUGAUCUACUCACGGAGUAUUAAGGUGAGCUGGCAGCCUCCCCCGGCCAGCGCGCAGAACGGCUUCAUCACCGGCUACAAAAUCCGCUAUCGCAAAACCGGCCGCCGUGGCGAGCAGGAGGCCAUCGAACCCAACAACCUCUGGUAUCUCUUCACCGGGCUGGAAAAAGGCAGCCAGUACAGCUUCCAAGUGGCAGCCAUGACAGUCAAUGGCACUGGUCCAAGCAGUGAAUGGUUCACAGCCGAAACUCCGGAGAACGACCUCGAUGAAACUCAGGUCCCGAACCAGCCGAGCUCUCUGCAUGUCCGUCCACUCCCCAACAGCAUCAUCAUGAGCUGGACACCCCCGCUGAACCCCAACAUUCUGGUCAGGGGCUACAUCAUUGGAUAUGGGGUUGGCAGCCCUUAUGCUGAGACGGUUCGAGUGGACAGUAAGCAGCGAUACUACUCUAUCGAAAACUUGGAGCCCAGCUCACACUAUGUGAUCUCCCUCAAGGCCUUCAAUAAUGCAGGAGAAGGAGUGCCCCUGUAUGAAAGUGCUGUGACCAGAUCGAUGUCAGACCCUGUCGACCCAUCAGACGAUGAUUUGUUCCAUCUUUUUGAUAAAUUCCCCACCCCCAUCCCAGAUACGUCCACUCCCAUGAUCCCCCCUGUAGGCGUGCAGGCUGUGGCGCUGACCUCAGACUCGGUCAGGGUCAGCUGGGCUGACAACUCCAUCAGCAAGAACCAGAAAUCCAGUGAAGUUCGCUACUACAGCGUCAAGUGGAAAACUAGCCACUCCACCAGCGGCAAAUACAAGUCGGCAGACACCACGGCACUGAGCCACACUGUGACUGGUCUGAAACCCAACACCAUGUAUGAGUUUGCUGUCAUGGUAACCAAAGGCCGCAAGUCCAGCACCUGGAGUAUGACCGCCCAUGCCACCACCUAUGAAGCAGCACCGAGCUCCGCCCCUAAGGACUUGACUGUGAUUGGUCGUGAGGGCCGACCCAGAUCCAUUCUCAUCAGUUGGCAGCCGCCCCUGGAAGCUAACGGCAGGAUUACAGGUUAUAUUGUGUACUACACGCUGGAUAAGAACAUGCCUAUCGAUGACUGGGUGAUGGAGCCCAUCAGUGGAGACAGGCUGACCCACCAGGUGAUGGACCUAAAUCUGGACACCGUCUACUACUUCCGCAUCCAGGCCAAAAACGCCAAGGGAGUGGGGCCACUUUCCGACCCUGUCCAGUACAGAACAUCAAAAGUUGAGCACCCUGACAAGAUGGCCAAUGACCAAGGUCGUCAUGGAGACAGCGGCUACUGGCCCUCUGACAAUAACCUGAUUGACAGGAGCAGUCUGAACGAGCCCCCCAUUGGUCAGAUGCGGCCGCCCCAUGGCAGCGUGACCCCUCAGAAGAACAGCAACCUGCUGGUCAUCAUCGUAGUGUCUGUGGGCGCCGUCACCAUCGUGGUCGUGGUCAUAGUGGCUCUUAUUUGCACUCGACGAACCUCCGCCCAGCAGAGGAAAAAACGGGCCACUCACAGUGCAGGGAAGAGGAAAGGAAGUCAGAAAGACCUUCGGCCUCCUGACCUGUGGAUCCACCAUGAGGAGAUGGAGCUGAAGAACAUCGAGAAGCCCUCAAGCUCCGCCCCCUCUGGCCGCGAAUCACCAAUCCAGAGCUGUCAAGAGAUCGCUCCGGUCAGCCACAGCCAGUCAGAGAGCCAGAUGGGCAGUAAAAGUAGUCACUCAGGUGGUGAUGCGGAUGAAGCCUCAAGCAGCAUAUCCACGUUAGAGCGCUCCCUGGCUGCCCGGAGGGCCACGCGCACCAAGAUGAUGAUCCCUAUGGACUCGCAACCCAGCAAUACACCGGUGGUGAGUGCCAUCCCAGUGCCCACCCUGGAGAGCUCUCAGUAUCCAGGCAUCCUGCCCUCGCCCACCUGCGGGUACACCCCCCACUCCAAAUUCACUCUCAGACCGAUGCCCUUCUCCACACUCUCCGUGGACCGAAGCUACGCCUCAGCCAUGGCAGCCGAGGGGGCGGCUCCGCUUGGCCCGCAGCAGCAGCCGGCCCUGAUCCCCACGGUGCAGUCCGAACCAUCAGGCUCAGAGGAAAUGCCCAGCCGCACCAUCCCCACCGCCUGUGUACGGCCCACUCACCCCAUGCGCAGCUUCACCAACCCACUACUGCCCCCUCCCAUGGGCACCAUCGAGCCCAAAGUCUACACACCCAUGAUGCCCCAGACAGGUGGAAGUCUUCCUAAACCCCAGGUCAAAACAGCCUCUUUAGGACAGGCUGGAAAAGCCAGAUCACCAUUACUGCCCGUGUCAGUUCCAACUGCCCCUGAAACAGCAGAGGAGGGCCAGAAACCACCUGAAGACCCUGCAAGUGUAUAUGAACAGGACGAUCUGAGUGAACAGAUGGCCAGUCUAGAGGGGCUGAUGAAGCAGCUGAACGCCAUCACCGGCUCGGCCUUUUAACGUCCAGGGCGGACUGCAUGCGUCCUGAACCCACAAGUUUAGGCAGAGGAACGAGACACUCUGAACUGGGCCUGAGGCCUUUCGGACUCUCCAGUGUCCCGCGUUCCUUUGCUCUGGCGUUCGUUCCACUCUGCAGUCAUGUGUUCAUCGGCAAAACUCUGCGAUGAGACCGAAAAAAGGGAAAAAUCACACAACAGGCUUGCAGGAGGCAGCGAUAUUUUUUGUUGUUGUUUUGUUUGUUUUUACAUUGACCCCCAUUUGGAGUUCAAGUUUUGGGCCACCUCGAGAUGUUCAUCAGCAAAAACCUGCAAGGAGACGGAUAAAAAGGGAAAAGACUCAUAGGAGACUGUUCUUUGCCUUUGUUCUUUUCUUUUUUCCCCAUCAACCUCUUGCUGAUGGGUUCUCAUUAUGGGCCACGGGCCACUCUGAGAUGUUUCCUUCGGCACCACUUUCCAGAUCUUUUGGCCAUUUUGUUUUGGUUUGGUGGGCGGAUCUGUUAUCACUCUCACCACCUCUCCACCAGCAUCUCUGGUGCAUGGAAGCUGGAGAAGACUCUGAUCUCCAGUUUCUGAGUAGGAAACAAGUCUUUCACACUCUUCCAUCGUCCCACUCUUUGCUCAGGUCCAUCUCUCUGUUGCUCAAAUGUUCCCUCUCUCCAGACCUGCCCAGCCCACUGCUAAGGUCACCACUUUCUUGGCCUUUGCUGAAAACAUCAAGCUUAUGAGGACAUUUCUUUACAGACAUCGUGGCAAUUUCUUUCUGCCAAGAAUCCUUAACACAGGUUACUCUUAUGUACUGCUUUUUGAGAAGGUUCAUCUGCCUACACGUUUGCAUCAACACUCAGCGGCCAUUCAUUUGGAGUGAAGCGAGAAGACCAAGUGAUCUUUCCUCUGGACCCCGUUGGACCAUGCAAGAGCAUAUCUUGUGGCUAAAAUGAAAGAAUCCAUUUCAUUCACAAAUAUACCUCGUUCUUUUUUUGUUUUUUUCCCGUCUCACAGUUGACGAACUGUUACCGAGAGGUUAUUUUACUGUGAAAACAAAAAACGAUGCAUAAAUUAUGUACAUUUAUUAUAUUGUAUAUUUUUACAUCAACCGAUUCAGUAAAAAGCUGCAACUAUUUUUGAGGAACGUUUAAAAAAAAACACAAAAAAAGACAGGAAAAAAUGCGGCUUGUAGCUCUCAUGAUCACUUUGUGCUGUUACGAAUACUUUCCUAGUUACGAAUACUUAUAACCUGAAGCCUAUAACCACUGAAGGUGGGGUGGGAUGGGGGUUAAAGAAGACACUGUGGUGUUGAAGGAAUUGUGAGACGUUACGAAAAUAACACGUCCUUUGACUUUGUCCCCCACCCAUAUUUGGAGUUCCUGUGCUUUUUUUUUUUUUCCUCAUGACUGGUGAUGGGUAGAUGUCUUCAGGAUGAGGGAGGAGAGAGGGAGCAAGCGAAGGACAGCGAUGGAUGAUGAGCGCACAGCAAACGUGGCGAUCUGUUUUUUGUUUUUUUACGAUAGGGAGUUGUGUCACAUAAAGCGGUGAAUACUGUUGAGUCAGCAUGCUCUCUUCAUCGUUCUCCUCGCAAUGCUUUUGCUUGUUUUUCUUUUCCGUUUGCCCUUAAAAUCUUUUUUUUUAUAUGGAAGGGAGAGAAGCGAAGUUUGUACGUGCCUAUAUUCUUCAUUUCUUUGUUCUUUCCUUUCACAGUACUUUAUUUAUUUAUUCAGCGUGAAAAACUCUUCUUUUCUUCUUGUAAUUGCACUUGCCGAAACUUGCAAGACACACAAAAAAAAAACCGCAGAAAAACAAGAUUAUCAUUCCUUCUGCCCAGAAAGAUCAAGA